AUGGAGGGGCUGGUCGGCGGCGGCGGCGGAGAGGAGGACAUGGAGGAGCUUGGCGGCGUAGGUGAAGGAGCUCUUGGCGAAGGGGAAGAGGGCGGCGGCAUUGUGGGAGGUGGAGGUGAGGUGGCGGAGGAAGGUGGAGGCGAAGAGCGGCCAGCGGGGAUGGGAGGGGGGGAUCAGGCGGAGGGUGGCGGCGUCGGCUAUGAACUUGAGGAGCGCGGUGGAGACGCGCACCACGCCGGAGAUCGUCUUCUCCUCCACCUCUCCGGGGGGGUUGUCUUCUGGAUCGGUGCCUAAGAUAUUAGAGAUGAAAAAAAAAUUAGAUUUUUAGAGAGAGAGAGAGAGAGAGAGAGAGAGAGCGAGAUGGGAAGGGGCGCGUUUAUUUACCUGGAACUGUUGGGGUGGAGGAAGCGUUCAGAGUUUGUCUCCUCCGGGACCUGGUCAACGGGGCUGACCCCUCGGCCCCUUUCCGAUUCGAAUCGGCUCCAUGGAAGAGUGUCUCCGCAGAAUCCAGCAGGCCCUCCAGCGUCUCCUCCAAAGUCAAACCCUGGAGCCAAUCGAUACAACAUUAUUUCAAUGCAGAAUUUAAUUGAAUUGAAAAAAGAGAAUUCAUCAGGAACAAGAAGCAUUGCGCCCGAUAAUUCAACGCAGUAG